AUGGAAGUCGAGUACCAGCAUCGGUGCAAAGCCUACCGUUUUGUUGCGUACUCUGCCGUCGCCUUUUCUGUUGUUGCAAUAAUUGGUGCUGCCACAACCCUACCUAUGGUUUACAACUAUGUGCACCACGUACGACGCGUUAUGCAUUCUGAACUGAACUUCUGUAGGUCUUCAGCCCAAGAUAUCUGGUCUGAGGUCAACACAAUGAAAGUCGCUGGCAAUCGCACGGCCCGUCAAGCCGGAUAUGGUAGCGAUGGUGGAGUACUAGGAGAUGGCAACACUGGAAGCAUCGGAGGAGGAGGAGGCGGAGGGAACGAUUGCACUCGCUGCUGCUCUGGCGGAGCUGCUGGACCACCCGGCCCACCAGGAAAUGCAGGACGACCAGGAAACCCUGGAGCACCGGGUCCUCCAGGAAACCCAGGCCGACCACCUGUUCAGCCAUGCGAUAACCCACCAGCUCCUCCAUGCAAUCCUUGUCCCCCAGGACCACCCGGACCUCCAGGAACUCCUGGACAGCCCGGAGACCCUGGACGUGACGGAAAUCCAGGUAAUGCCGGCGCUCCGGGAGGCCCGGGCACACCGGGACCUAAGGGUCCGCCAGGACCCAACGGAAACCCUGGAAGCCCAGGAAGCCCUGGACAGCCUGGACAGCCCGCCACCUCCGUCCCAGCCUCGCCUGGAGCGCCAGGACCAGCAGGACCUCCCGGACCUCCUGGGCCACCCGGACCCAAUGGACAACCUGGAAACCCAGGAGCACCUGGUCAACCCGGACCCAAAGGACCACCUGGAGGCAAUGGUCAACCCGGUUCACCAGGGAACCCAGGACCACCUGGAGACAGGGGAACCCCUGGAACUCCAGGAGAACGAGGAAUCUGUCCCAAGUACUGUGCCCUCGAUGGAGGAGUCUUCUUUGAGGACGGAACACGUCGCUAG